CGUGACCUAAUUUGUUAGGCGGUUGUGCCAAACUUUAGAAACCAUUGUGGUUGCCCGAGAAAGUGAGUUCCACGAAUUACUUCUAUGUGAAAGAAGACGAUAUGUUUGUUUUGAAGGGAGUGAGGAGAUCUGCCGGCAUUGACGACUGUCCCCUGCUCCUUUCUCUAAUGGACUUGUGAUCUGUUUAUUGUCCAAAAACUUAUUUUUUGUUUGACUGAUUCAUAAGACCGCUAGACACUCUCUCUUUUGCUUUGUUGGCUACGAGAGAGGCGCAGUGAAGACAUCAGUGUAGAAUAGAACGAGGGGAAAUAUUCAUAUCUCCUCUUGUGACUUGCCGGCAGAUUUCCGUUCAAUUUCUUCGUUCUGGAAAGUUCAGCAGAGUCCAGACUGCUUGAAGCCUUGAAGGGUGUAAAAGGAAUUAUUAAAAAAGUUAUCUUUUUCGAGAGCAUACUGUGUUAUUCUACGUGGGACUGAGUCUAAGACCUUUGCCAGCCAGCUUAUUAUUUUCUUUUCAACUGCGAGCUUCAAGCUUCAAGAGGAGAGAAAUGAACAAAACCACAAAAUAGUUACUUUAAUGGGAAAGUGGCAAAGUUUUUUGGGACAACCAAAAGGAGAAAAUUGGCAAAGUCCAAUGAGACGGAGAGAGUAUAAUAUAGGAUCCCUACUCUCAUCAUGCUUAAGAGGAAGAUGAAAGAAUCAUCAUGGGAACGAUAUAUCAAUCCGGCCUCUUAUAGGGAGUUCACAAUCUCUUUUAUAGUAUUCCUCCCAACUGUUGAGGUGUUACUUUAUGUGCUAAAUGAAAUGUCACCUUUAAUUUGUUUGAUGUUCUUACACAAUAAUAGCUGAGGAUGAUAAUAUUUAUGCCACAAGCUAUGGAUUGAAGCAUCCAAAGUUUCAUGUACUUGGUAAUAAUUUAUAUCUUGAUAUAAAUACCAAAAUUGCUGCUCUCCGAGUUUCUCCAUCUUUAGUUAGCCUCAUUACUCAUUCAGAUGGAAAAGAGUCGUUUCAAUGUUCUGGAACUAUCAUUGAAGUUGAAAAUGUCAAAGGAAUUAUUAUUACUUCGGCAGAUUGUUUUCGAGCCCACUCUGAUCCCACAAUGCCUCAUCCUACAAUAAAGGUUGAGGUGCACAUGAGUGAUGGUACGAUGCUGGAUGGAAAAGUAUUGGCGUAUGACUUUCAUUACAAUCUAGCUGCAGUAGAAGUCCACUCCGGUACUCCAUUGAAAGCCGCAAAAAUGGCCCUCUUUGAUGAUGCAAUCUCAGUUGAUCCAGCUCCAGUAAUUUCAACACCAAUUGUACAAGCCCAUAGUGUUCCCCCUUUAGAUGCACAUUAUACCCUUAUCCCUGGUAACACUGUAAUUGCUCUUGGUCGCUAUUUUGCGAAGCCAUAUGCCCUAAUGGCGGCUCCAGGUGAAUUUAGCAUCAAUCAAGUAGAGUUUGAGUGCCAAGAACUGUUUAGAGCAAACUGCAGAAUAACAAGAUGUGGUGUUGGCGGGCCACUUGUAAACAGCCAAGGGGAAUUUAUUGGUGUAUGCUUUUAUGACAUGUCGUGUACUCCCUUUUUGCCCAUCACUCUAACUCUCAAAUGGUGGGAGCAAUAUAAAAAAAACGGGCAAAUCCAUCGGCCAUUGCUAGCGAUGGAACUUACCAACCUCUACGCUGUGAGCCUGGACAUUCUAGAAACGGUUGUCCAAAACGAUACCUUCCACGGUGUUAUGGUUGAAGAGGUUUUACCAGGCUCUUCGGCUGAUGUAGCCGGGAUUCGUCCCAAUGAUGUUAUUACUAGAUUCGCUGGAGGAAGUGUUGGGAGUUUCUUAGAGUUGGUGAAAAUGAUGUGGCAAAACAUUGGAAAGUCAGUAGAGGUGACUGUGCUACGGACCUUUGAUGGUACUCGGUUCAAUCUUAAUAUGGUGGUGGAUGAAGUCUCACCUGAUGAGCAAUAUAGUUGGCCAGUUCUGGAUAAUGCAAGAUAGAAAAUGAGAAGUCCUGCUUGUUUUGAAUGAUAACAUUCAGUAUAGCAAUAUAGAGUGACCUGAAUGACCGGCAAGAUAGAAAGUGCCUGUUUUUGUGAGCCAGUGUGACUGCAUGAAGUAUUGAAAGUGAGAAGUCAUGCAGUUGGCCAGUGUCAUUGGAAACAGUGAUUGUUUUGAUUCACUCGAAAGCUAGUCUUCUCACUUUAGUUUAUUAUAACUAAACAUAUUUAUUAGUUACAAAAUAUAUUUAUAUUAGAAAUUAUAUAUAUUUGUAUAUUAUCCUAUUAGUUACAUCUUCAUAUUUACAUUCUCAUUUUACAUUAAUCAUAUAUAAAUAUUUCUAACAAUCUCAUUUUACUUACAUUUGAAAUUGUUAAUAGUAGACAAGUUGCAU